UAUAAAUCUGGCUUGAUCUCUAAACCAUUUCCCCACAAGAAAAAGGGAGAAAGAGAGAAAUGGAUCCAACAUCCUACAAAAUUUUCCUCCAACUUGUGCAGUACUUUCCCUAUGGAAACAACAUUGACGUCAAUAAUCCCACCUCUUCUUCAGUACUCAUCUUCCUCCUCUUCCUCCUCUUCCUACUUUCACUCAAAUUCCUGUCCACCAAAAACCCCAAAAUCAACAACUUACCACCAUCACCACCACAACUCCCAAUAAUUGGCAACCUUCACCAACUAGGCAGCCUCCCACACCGCUCAGUGGCAGCUCUUACAGAGAAAUAUGGGCCUCUCAUGCUCCUCAAACUAGGUCAAACCCCAACUCUUGUUGUCUCAUCAACAAAACUAGCUAAAGAAGUAAUUAAGUCCCAUGAUACCAUCUGCUCAAACAGAGUCCAAAACACAGCUGCAAAAUCCAUAUUCUAUGGAUGUCAUGAUGUGGCCUUUGCUUCCUAUGGAGAACAUUGGAGACAGGCAAGAAAAUUAUGUGUUUUGGAGCUCUUGAGUUCCAAAAAAGUUCAGUCUUUCCAACAUGUUAGAGAUGAAGAAGUUGCAAGGCUAGUGAAAAAGAUUGAAAAAUGUAAUAAGGAUAACCCAUUAUUGUGUGUGAUCAAUCUCAAGGAGCUCUUGUUGUCAACUUCAAACAAUAUUGUGGGGAGAUGUGUUUUGGGAGAGAAGUUUGUGGAAGAACAUGAUGGAUACUUCGGCGAAGUUACAAGAAAGGCUAUGGUGCUUUUGGCUGAGUUUUGUGUUGGGGAUGUUUUUCCUUGGCUUGGAUGGAUUGAUGUUUUGAAAGGAUUUCAUGGUCAACUCAAAGCUUGUGUUGAAACAUUGGAUAAGCUUGUUGAGAAAGUGAUUGAAGAACGUAGGGAAAAAUUGAAGAGUGGUGACGAUCUACCUUCUGAGAAGGAUUUUGUGGGGGUUAUGCUCAAAUUGCAACAACAAGACGCACUUGAUUAUCAUUUCACGAUGGAAAAUUUCAAAGCAAUUCUACUGGAUAUGUUUGUAGCUGGAACAGACACAACAGCAGUAAGUUUGGAAUGGUCAAUGGCUGAACUGAUGAGAAACCCAACAGCCAUGAAAAAAGUUCAAGAAGAGGUCAGAACAAUAGUUGGUAAAAAGACAAAGAUUGAAACAAAAGACAUCCAAAAAAUGGAGUACAUGAAAUGUGUUAUAAAAGAAACUUUAAGACUUCACCCACCAGGUCCUCUUUUGUUGCCAAGAGAAACAACGGGAAGUUUUAACCUUGAAGGCUACCAAAUUCCACCAAAAACAAGGGUGUGGAUCAAUGUUUGGACAAUUCAAAGAGACCCCGAAAUCUGGGAAAGCCCAAACCAGUUCGUUCCAGAGAGAUUCAUGGAAGAAAAGAAAGCAGUUGAUUUCAAAGGUCAUGACUUUGAGUUCAUUCCAUUUGGGAGUGGAAGAAGGAUGUGCGUUGGAAUGUCAUUCGGAAUUGCUUCUUUUGAAUAUGUAUUGGCCAAUCUUCUUCAUUGGUUUGAUUGGAAGCUUCCAGAUGGGAAGUUGUUGGAUAUGACUGAACAACAUGGCCUUGCCAUUUCCAAGAAACUUUCACUCCAUCUUAUUCCAAUUCCAUAUUGUGUGUAACUUUUGUAAUACUCGUAUGGGUAUUUGCAAAUAUAGCGUUAUAUAACAACAUUUUGGAAAAAGGGUAAACAUACCAAAAUUCUUGAUAAACUUUUCUAUAUUGGUAAUUUUUAAAUUUUUUUGUUAUUGUUAUUUAUUAUAAUAUUAUAUCGCAAUCGGUCUAAGUUGAA